AUGUCAGAGCCCCGCGCAUCUGUCCGUCUGACCAGCUACUCGUUCCGCCGGGCUGUCACCGCGCCCCCACCGCGCCCCCACCUGGAGCUCCAGGGUCGCCCCGCGCCCAAGGGGGCAGCGCCGGGGUCGCGCGGGCUGUCCCCGGGCCAGGACGCCAGCGGCCGCCUGCCCUCGCCCGAGCGCGGAGUGGGCGCGGGGGCCGCGCGCUGCGUGGCUCAGUUCCCCCGGGGCCCGCGAGGGAGCCACGAGCGGCGCGAGGGCAGGCCCUUUUUGCUGGAGAGCCCUGCGUCCGGGGACAACUGGAGCACCCGGCUGGCGCUGACCCCGGCCGCACUCCCUCCCUCCCGCCGCAAACUUUUCGCUCAACUUGGCCGCCCGGCGCCGCCCCGCGGGGAGGGUGCUGUGGCUCCUGGAGCCCGGCCAGGCCCCGCCCCUCGCUCCCGGGUCGGGGGACCCGCGCCAGACCCGGAUUCCGCCCACGGGUUCCCGGCCUCACGGCACCGCCUUCUGCACCGUCCGCGCCCACCGCUCUCCACGCGCAGGCCCCCGGCGCAGGAGUGUGGCCGCGUCCCAGGUCCCCGCUGCUCCAAGGAGGUGGCUGGCAGGCAUGUGGCGCCCUGCCGGGCCGGAGGAGCGGCGGAGGCGGUCGGAUAUCCGGGAGCGGGGCGGCCUUGGGUCCGAGCGUACGGCUUAGCGCUCUCGCAGGACCCACGGCCGCACCGCACGGCCGCGACCUCGCCGCCCUGCGCUUCACCCACAGCUGCCCGCGGCGUCCGCGGCAGGGAUGCAGCGCCGCCCCCGCGCGCUCUGUCCCUGCACGCCCAGAAUUCGAGUCCCGGACCACGUCGGCUAAUCCGGCAGAGGGUUAUUUUUAGCGUCCUGAAGCUGCAGCUCCGCUGCGGGUCCACGGAGCCCGAGAAGCCGCCAGGCACGCCGUCCCGGGCGUGCGGGACGAACGGGCCUUGUCGGGAAACUCAGAAGUUUGUACCUUCACCCAGGGGACACCAUCGAGGCCCACCUGGGCCAGACAAGCUGCCCUGCAGCGGGCGAUCCAGGUCCUCACCCCUUCAGCCCCAGCCCCGGGCAGGAGCCUGGCGGUGUAAACAGGUCCAGGGAACCGAUCGAUUGGGAAUCGAGAGCAAAGGCUGGGGACCUGCCUCCCAUCCCCACCGGCUCCGCGGACCCAGGCGGCUCGGCCCCGUUUCCCAACAUUUGGGGGGCUUGGCUGGCGGGUUCCGGGGGGCCCACGGGCACGCGGCGCAGCCUGGGAAGCGCGGGUCCCUGGCCGGGCGGCUCCGGACGCGCCUGGGCGGUGCACGGCCCCUGGACAGCCCCGGCUGGGUCCCGAGCGCGUUCCUGGAAGGUGACUCAGCGACGCGCCCGCGGGCGAAGAAACUCCGGGAAAUAAGGAACGAGGGGAGGCAGCGGGGGCACCAUGCCUCCCUCCCAGCGCCGCGGCGCGCGUCCGCCGAGAUCGGGUUCUGCAGCCCGGGGUCCCUCGGCGGCGCUCAACCUGCCCCCGGGCCCUCCACCUCCCGGGAACCUGGCGCUGGCCGAGGACAGCGCUGCAGCCGCAGCGCUACGGUCACGCGACGCGGGGACGCGAGCGGCGGCGGGGGGGAGGGGACCAGAUCCCGCCUCUUCCCCCCCUUCCCGGGCGCUCCCUCCGUCUCCCCUCCCAGGAGUGAUGGAAGCCGGGGCUUUGGCGCCCAGAAGACGCGGGGGUGGGGGCAGGUGCCCCCCGAGGUCUCAGCCCGGGGUGCCUCCUGGCUGGAGGCCACUGAGCCAGACUUCUCUGGGGACCUGGUCAUGGCCUGGAAGGGCUUGCCACAGGGUACAGGCUCCCCUGGGCACCAGACGGAAGUGGUGGCCUCCCAGCCUCUGCCAUGUGACCGGACACUCCAGCUGCUGUACUCCAUGGUGACCCGGCAGAGCCAGGACAGGGCCAGGUCCUGCCUCCCGAGCGGCCCCUCGCUGGCUGGGAACCCUCUGCCCCCCGGACCUCCGGACCCCCGGGUUCCCCUGCUGGCCAGCCGACCCCCCGCCGGCGUCCACGCCUCCUCUGCUGGGUUCUGCACCUGGCUGCUCCGGCUCCUGCCGAGGACUCGCGGGACCCCGACACCUGGGAGUUGGCCCCGGCCACACUGUCCCUGCGCCCUAGAACCUUCUCCAUCCUCGCCUGACUUCAGCACCGACUCGAAUGCUGAGCUGCGGCCCGGCGGGGGCCUGCACUUCAGACCCGCUCGCAGGGUCCCCCCUCGCCCCCUCCAGCCCCGCGCCCCCCGCAACCACCCUCCCCCCUGCGCCCCGCUGCUCCGCGCCGGGCUCUGCCGACAGGGGGCGCGAGAGGGGCCCGCGCGGCGGGAGGGGACCCUGGGCCGCCGGCUCGGGCUCCCGGGAGCGUCUCCCCCGACCCUCCGCUCCCAGCCCCAUGGCGCCCCUAGCGCGGGAUCCGACACCCUGCCUCUCCCCUAG